AACCUUGAUCACAACAAACAUGGAAACGACAAGCAGUACAACAACAGAGCAAACGGCCCUGACAGGAGAAAAGCAAGACGAUUCCGACGACGAAGAUGAAGGGAAUAUUGAUUUAGGUGUUGCAGGUUUACCUCAAGUUAACUUUUCAGGUUUAAAAAAUGAAUUUGAAACGAUUAAUUUGGACGGAGAUGGAGACGACGAAGAGGAAGACGAACCCUCUGAUCGCGACCUCUCGGACGACAAACGGAAGAAAAAGUACACGAAAAAGAAGAAGAAGAACCAGCCUUCUGAAAAUUCAUCCGACAGUAGUUCAGACGAUGACAGAAGAAGCAGCAGAAAGAAAAAAGAGACUGAAAUUAAUCCGUCUGACCUUACAUGGCCUCUUUGGGUUUGGUACUACAUUGUAGCAGUAUCCAGUGGAGCUCUAAAAGUGGCUGAAUAUCUGGGAGAAAAACUUGCAGCUUUCUUUGGAAUCACCACUCCUAGAUAUCAAUAUGUUAUUGAUGAAUUCUAUAGACUCAAGGAGCAGGAAAGAGAAGAGGAAGAACAAGAAAGAAGAGAAAGAGAAUAUGUUGAAAGAAUGGCAGCUGAGAGAUUAGCAUCUUUAGAAGGAGGCAACAGCUUAGAUCUUCAAAAAACUGCUGAAUUACUAAAUGGAAAUGUUGGUGAACAAAGUGUAGAAAACAUGCCAAACAAGUUUUGAACUUUUAUAACUGUUUCCAAACUGUAAUCUGUAAUUAUGUGAAGAGCACAGAAUUUUAGCACACACUACACCAACACAACUGUCCACUGCUCUGCAUUGUCAAAAACUGUGAACACCUUUUUUUUUUUCUUUUUUUUUUCUUUUGUUUUUUGUUUUUAGUUUUUUUUUUAAUCUCAUUGGCAUGCUGUACAUGUAGCUAGAGUACAUGAUGUGGUACAGACAGUUUAGUGAAGCUUUGAAUAUUGUAUGAAUUAGGGUAGGUUUCAUGGUUAAGUAAACCCUUGUGUUGUUGACUUUGUAAACAUGUAUGUGAAGGCAGACACCUCUCAAUGUACCACUUAUCUUCAAUGAGCUUGUAAAGAUGCUGUUUACAAGAGUUUACAUCAAUGUCAAAAUGCAGCAUUAGGCAUAAAAUUGAGUGUAUACUUUGUACAUGUAUUCCUGUGUGAACCCACAUUAGUAGGGGUCUUGAAUAUAUCUAGUAGAUAAUAUUUUUUAUGCAACAGAAAGAUAUCAGAGCUCGUUUUUUACAGUUAACUAGUUUACUGAUUGAAAACUUUUAUUCAUUAGCAGUAGUUCCAAACAGGGUGUCAUGAUCUAACAGACAUAAAAUUGUAAACAAAACAGUAUUUUGUAGUGAUGUUAGCCCAAUUUGUAACUAUAUUGAAAGUACUGGUAACUGUAAUACUGUGUCAAAGUCUAAUGUAGGGAAUUCCCCCCAUGUACAGGGUAUGUAUGGGUCCUGGAAAACCUGGAAAGUCUUGAUAUGUUAUAAUUCCAAUUUCCAGGCCUGGAAAAGCAUGGAAUAUAGGUGUUACUUCUGGAAAAUCAUGGAAAGUCAUAGAAAAUUGGCAUGCAUUCUGUGAGUGAAAAGCAUUGUGGAUUCAUAGUUGAAAAGUUAACAGACAAGUCAUAAAACAAGAUUGAAUUUAAGCUGAAAUGAAGAUAAGCAUGUAUUGUAAGAUCUACACUUGUGGACAUUUUUGUUUAUACUGCACUCCUGUGUGACAUUAAUGCAAAUUUGUGUUCCAUUUGGAAUGAACCAUUCAGUACACUUGUUUCGCUCAGGUCAUGGAAUUUUCAAGAAGUCAUGGAAAAAUUCAUGCAGAGCCAUGGAAUUGUAACAGCUGAACUUGUACACACCCUGUAUACACAGAUGUUGACCCCUAUUUAAAGAAUAUGUUCUGGAUCAAAAGGGCAAUCAAAAUGUGUAUAGGGAAACUUUUAUGAACACCUGAGGCAUGAUAGGGAAACUCUCCUAUGGUGAUCUGACUCAGCCCUGACAUUGACAAAAGAAUUUUCCAGUGUGGAAAUAUUUCUAAUUAAAAAACCUUUAUUAUGUCAUCAUUGUAUUAUGCAGACUGGGUUCUAUUGUGGGCACACAACCAAAAGAAAAAAUCAAAUAGUAAGGAUACUUGUAAUGGAAAAGGUGAGGGAAACAUGAGGGAUAUGCAGAUUUUAUUUUUGUCGCUCCAUUUUGCAAGGCCUUAUUUAAUCCAUGUGGGGGAAUUAAGUAUCCCUCAAAAUCUAUUUGACUUGGGCUAAAAUUUGAUUGCAAUGGUAUAUGUUCAGGAUUUUCUCCACUUUGUGCUUGGAUUCCAUAGCAUUGGUUUGUGUGCCAAUACACUGAUUUUUCCAACAUUUGGGAGAAAUAGCUAGUGAUAAACAUGACAAGUGGAUUGAAUAAAAUUGACUGAACUUUUUGAGAA